AUGACCCUCAGGUGGUCACAAUUCCCUUACAUAGAGGGCCUCAACAUAGAGGGCCUCAACAUGGAGGGCCUCAACAUGGAGGGCCUCAACAUGGAGGGCCUCAACAUGGAGGGCCUCAACAUGGAGGGCCUCAACAUGGAGGGCCUCAACAUGGAGGGCCUCAACAUGGAGGGCCUCAUCAUAGUAUUGAUCCUGGUCGACAAGCUUGCCCUGCAGGCCUACCCGUGGUGCGAUCACCCGACCAAGUGCUCCGACUACGCCGAGGACCUGGCCGCUAGCCUAGACCGUAGCGUGGACCCGUGCGACAACCUGUAUGGACACGUGUGCGCGCAUUAUGCCCAGCGUUAUCCAGCUUUUGAAAGUCACUUCCAUCUCCUAGAAGCCAGGAGUACGAGCUUCCUGCUGCACGAACUCGAUCGUUCUGCACCUGAACAUCCGUCAGCAGCCGUGAGGCGGGUCGUGUCUGGAUAUCAGGCCUGCGUCUUGGCUUUCAAGGAGCACCGUGAAGAUGUCCAGGUCCUCUUCGAUGUGUUGAGCAAGUUCAAUGUCACGUGGCCGGUCUCAAAAGUUUCAAAUAACUUCGACAUUAUGGAGUACCUGCUGGGCCUGUCGCUUGAUUACGGCCUGCCAACGCCCCUUCAACUGAGCUUGGAGCCGUACUUGAAGACGGACAGGCGCUACGGUCUGUCUCUGAGCUUCGACGUGGCCAACGUGGCGGACGUUUACAAACCGGCAGCGGUAGCUGCUUGCAUGCCGUCACUGGUGCCAUCGGUUGGGCGCGAUUCUGUGCCCGCCUUCGGCAAGCCGAUAUACGCUGUGUACCUCAACCUGAUGACGAGCAUAAAUGCUUUGUUUCGCGACACGGGUAGCGGCCGCAUUUACACCACCAUCGAACAGCUGAAUAUAGCGCUCAAAGGGCACGUGGAUCACGACGGCUUGCUGAACGCCAUCAACAAGCACCUGCCGCAGGACAUACAGCUGGACAAGAACGAAGAGCUACUUGUCUACAACAACACGGCUACCAUACUGGGCGAAGUGCUGAGCCAGUCGGGCUACGCGGAUAUCGUGCUGUUCAGCGGCUGGAACAUGAUCGUGCUGAACCAGUUCGGGUUAUCCUCGUCGCUGCUGUAUUGCCUGGCUGGGAGACCGCUCUGGAAGGCUUCAAUUAUCGCCACGAAGUACUGCCUCGUCGCUGUGAAUCAGGUGGCCGGCUACGCCCUGUCCCGCUUUUUCGUCGACAGCCUGGAGCAGUCGAAAGCUGUGCUUGACACGACGGACACCUGGAACACGUUGCAAGAAGCCACGCGACGCAACUUCGCCACCCUGAAGUGGAUGGACCAGUCCACCGCCCAGGGCGCCAUGGGCCACGUCAGUAAUCUCAUUUCCAUCAUCCCCAUUCCUGCGCACCUUAACAGCAGCCAGGCGCUGGACGCGUUCUACGACUAUUUAGUGGCAGACCAGUCACAGUCCUUCUUCCAAUGGUUCAUCAAUACGCAGAAGCAACGAUCCGACAAGUACAAGCGACUUCUCCACGAGAACCAAAGUGUAACCGUGUACCGUGAAGACAUCCAGCUGAGCUCGAUCUCCGUGAACGCCAUGUACUUGCCCCUCAACCACCUCAUGAUCAUCUUGGCCCCCAUCAUGUCGACUCCGUUCGUGCCUGCAGGCGUGCCCCCUGCGGUGACCUACGGCUCGAUGGGCAAGAUCUUGGGUCACGAACUGUCGCAUGCCUUCGACCCGCGCUUUAGCACUCAGAGCAGAACCGGUGACCCGGUAUCCUGGUGGUCGCAGCCUUCGUACGCUAACUUCUUAGAGAGGGUGCAGUGCUUGCGUGAUCAGUUGGCCAACUUCACUGGGAGCACAGUCCACAGUGAGAACGCACUAUCGGAGGCAUUCGCGGACACUGCUGGUACCGAGAAGGCCCGACUGGCUUACGCUUCACUGCCGAAGCAGCAGGGUAUCCUCGGCUAUUCGCAUGAGCAGCUGUUCUUCAUCGCGGGCUGCUUCGAGUUUUGCAGCAAGGAUCCGUACUACUGGCGCCCGACGUCGACUUACCCGUCAGAGGUCCUGCGUUGCAAUUUGCCUGCUUCCAACAAUAAGGACUUUGCGGCAGCUUUUCAGUGUCCCACUGGAGCUUCACUGAACCCGCCGAUACGCUGUCCGUUCCACUAA